AUGGAGGAUUCCGGGGUUCUGGCGACUGCAGACCAAUCCAUGCCCCCCAAAACUCCCAUCACCCCCAGCCACGAAGAUGACAAGGAUGAUGGGAGUUAUAGUCCUGCAAAUCAGGAUGAAAGCCGCAGCCAGCACCCUCUCGAUCCCGAACACCGCCUGCCGUGCCAUAUUCAGAAAAAAAAAAUGCACGUCUCAGAAUGUUCAAAGCUACCAAACAGAACGACUGUGACCAAGUUCCUGUUGGUGGGAUUUAGCGGCUGUCGAGGAUGCCAGCUUUCUAUCUUUGCCUCAUUUUUACUGAUUUAUAUAUUUGCCGUCCUAGAAAAUGUAGUAAUCGUAGCGCUGAUCCUGCAAGAUUUCAAACUCCAAAAGCCAAUGUAUAUUUUCUUGGGGAACCUGUCCUUCCUGGAGAUCUGGUACAUCAGUGUCACUUUGCCCAACAUGUUGGCCAACAUCCUUACGGGGAACCAUGAGAUUUCCCACGGCGCUUGUAUAGCCCAGCUCUUUAUUUUCACAUUUCUAGGCGCUGCCGAGUGUUAUCUCUUGGCCGCCAUGGCUUAUGACCGUUACGUGGCUAUUUGUAAUCCUCUACGCUACACAAUAAUAAUGCAAAGCAAGAGUGUUGUGGCGCUCCUGCUUUGCUGCUGGCUCAGUGGCCUCUUCACGCCCGUUCUUCCCAUUUGGUUUCUUAGUCAGCUGGAUUUCUGCGGGCCUAAUCAAGUUGAACAUUAUUUUUGUGAUGCGUCACCGCUGGUUACGCUGGCGUACGGUGAUACCAAGUCCAAAGAGCUUGUAGACUUCAUUGUGUCCGUGGCUGUUCUCAUGAGCUCACUGUCGGUCAUCUUUAUCUCUUACUUUUGCAUCACGUGGACUAUCGUGAAGAUGUCGUCUUCCCGCGGAAGGCGCAAGGCCUUUUCCACCUGUACCUCUCACCUGGCUGUGGUUUGCCUCUUCUACGGAUCUAUGGGUUUCACUUACAUGCGGGUGGGCGCGGGUUCCCCCUUCUCCAACAACAUGCUUGUGUCUGUUUUCUAUUCUAUUGUUACCCCAACUCUGAACCCUGUCAUUUAUUCGCUCCGAAAUGAAGAUGUCAGGGUAGCGCUAAAUAAAGUUCUGAAAACCAAAUCUCUUUUGAGAAAAAGGUAA